GUUUGAACUUGGAGGCGUAGAUAAAAGCCACAAUGGAGAGGGACAGGAAGUACGCGCCUAAAAGGAUGAGAACUGAUUGCAAGGUGUACGUGGGCAAUCUUGGCAACACGGAAGCCAAACACGAACUUGAAUCAGCCUUUUCCAAGUAUGGGCCCCUUGUCAAUGUUUGGGUUGCAAGGAACCCUCCAGGCUUUGCUUUUGUGGAGUUUGAAGACCCACGGGAUGCAGAAGAUGCUGUGCGCUCGCUGAAUGGAACGCGUCUGUGUGGUGUCCGUGUUAAAGUGGAGAUGUCAACGGGCCGUUCACGUCGGGACAGGUUCCAUUCACCUCCACGGCGUGGGGGUGGCGGUGGAGGGGGUGGUGGCGGCGGCGGCGGCGGUGGAAGAAGAAGGUCUAGGUCAUUCUCACCUCGCCGCAUGGGUGGCCGAUUCCGCUCAAGGUCUCCAAGGCGGUCAAGGUCACGCUCCCCCAGGUCUGUUUCUCGAUCACCAAGGUAUGAUGAUUAUCGUCGUCGAAGUGAUUCUCCUGAUUUCAAGAAACGCAGCCGAUCUCGAUCAUAGGCUAAGAUCCAGAGAGGAACUUGAAAUUAAAAAAGGAAUAUGUGACACAAGAACAAAAUUAAGACUCUUUGUUUUGUUAAGAGAAGGAAUAGCUCUUAAGAGUUGUGUUGCAAGCUGAAAAUAUUAUAAUUAUUUGAAGAUUGACAGUAAACCUGACUUAUGUCAUGGAAAGUAGGAUUAUCAUAAAAAAAAUGAUAAUGAAAAAAAAAAGUAAAAUAUCCCAUGAACAUAGUUUUUCUGAUUUAUAUAGAUGUAUACUUUCUUUGCUCUAUAAGUGUUGAUCACUGCCUAGUUGGUUAGCUAUAUGUUUCAAAGUAUCUGAAAUGGCAUAAUAGGUUUACUGUUGAUUUUAAGUAUAUUAGAACAAGAAUAAUCAGAAGGGAAAUAUGAAUUACUUGUGGUAUUUUUUCAUGUUAUUGUCCAUUUAAUGCAUGUGUUGUGAAUGGAUGUUAUACAGUCAUGCCAUAUUAUUAUUCAUAAUUUUAGUUAUUCAGUUGAAGUGCCUCAGACAUUUGUGGUAGUACAAACUAUUUGAAAGUUUUUGGUUGACUCCUGAAAGCAUUUUUUUUGUUAUAAUAAAGUUCAACAAUUCUUUCUUUGUAUUUUUAUUUUCUGACCUGUGGAUUUUUGCAUCCCAGAAUUAUAAAAAGAAAACUACUUCUGUGGACAAAAACUUUCCUAUAUUUUCUACUCACUGAUGCUAGUUGUAUGGUGUAAGAGGACAAAGCCUGCAGAAACUUUGUCAGCCAACUGUGUUAUCUCCUUAACAGUACUGUAUUUUAUACUUUUCAACAUUGCUUUAUGCACAAGCAGAUCAAUCAGGAUACCAAUGUGGCAAGACAAUUAGUGGCUUGAAAAUACAUAAAUGGAAUACAUGAAUCACUUGUUUGAAAGAUUUCCCCUUACAGAAUGUAUUAAAUCUGUAGUUACUUGAUGUUCCCUACUGUAUAUCGCAGACAACUUCCUUUUUACACAAAUAUGAAUAAUAACGUGCUUUUCAGUUUUUACACUCAAUCCCAUGUAAAGAUCAGCACAAGACAAUUUUCCUGUUAUUUUUACCAUGAAUUUGCUUAUGGGCAGUUCAUAAUUUACAUAAAUAGGGUCACAUAAAGGUGAAAACCUUCAGAUUUAAUUCUAGUUUUACUGGGUUGGUUUAAGUAAUAUAAGUAAUGACAAUGGUAGGUAAUUUUCUGCAAGUACAGUAGUACUAUAUUUUCUGGAAUCACAAAAUUGUAGACAUUAAAAGAAAAGAAAAAAAAAAUCUUUCAAAAAUAUUUGCCAUUUUAUUAGGUAUGUGACCAGUAAAUAUUGUAAACCAUACCAUGUUCUUUAGAUGCAAUAAAAUAACAUGCACAAGAAGUGUUUGUCAAUGAAAAUAAGAUGGAAUAUUCUCUAUUUCCUCAUGAAAAAGUAGUUCAGCUGGAUAAGUGGUGGUUUCAGCUCAGUGGCUACUGACCUUUCCAGAUUCUAUUUCAUAGUUCACUUCCUGACAUGACCUACUCUGGUUAUAUAUGAAAUGCAAAGAAACAAAAUUAAGAAUAACUAAAAGCUUGUAUUUGUUAUACUAUUUAAUUAUUCUUGAAUGGGAUUACUUUUAUUCAAUGUACUCCGUUUCCUCAAAAUGAAUAUCAACUAUU